AUGUCUGGUAACGAACAUCUCGAGCGUCUAGCCACGCAUGAGCUGGAAAUUGGAGCCACGGACGCCGUUCAGAGGCACGUUACCCGGAAGGUUGUCGAACCCAAGCCGGUCUCGCAGCGUAAGCUCGAUUUCGAACAUCGAAGGCCACGAUGGCUGCGAGAGAUGAUGGCGGAAGCUACGGGAGUCUUCUUCUAUGUGUAUCCCGGGAUUGCCUCGACGGCGGCAUUCUUCCUUAACGGAACGGAACCUCAAUUCGGAUCUUUGUUCCAGAUCGGCUGGGCCUACGCCAUUGGAAUCGCGUUUGCGAUCAUUACCUGCGCUUCCACAUCUGGAGGCCACUUCAACCCUGCUAUCACCCUAUGCUUUGCGUACUGGCAAGGUUUUCCAUGGAAGAAGGUCCCUUACUAUAUCUUCGCGCAAGUCUUUGGGGCCUUUGUCGCUGGUCUAGUGCUUAUGGGCCAGUACCAUGAGCAAAUAUCGGUGUUUACGGCAGAAUCGAUUGCGGCAGGAAAAGGGACGGUCUAUAACGGCGGACCAGCUAGUAUAUUAUGCACCUUUCCAGGAGAAACGCAGAAUAACCUUGGGUAUCUGUUCUUGAUCGAGUGGUUUGUCGAUAGCUUCAUCGGCAUCGUCAUUUGGGCUUCUCUAGAUCCAGCCAACCCCUUCGUAUCUCCAUACUCCGCGCCAUUCGUGAUCGGUCUUGCAUAUGCUAAUAUGGUCUGGGGUUUCGCGGAUAUCUCGAUCUCGACGAAUUUGGCUCGUGACCUCGGUACGCGGAUAGUUGCCGCAAUUUGGUUCGGCGGCGAAGCCUUCUCAUACAAGAAUUACUCGUGGAUCGCAAUCCUGGUCAACGUCCCAGCCACGUUUUUCGCUACAGCGUACUAUGAAUUCUUGAUGAGGGAUAGUUUGAAGAAGAUUGGCCAUGGUCAUGCGGUGCAUGAGGAAGGGGAGGAAGGCCUGGCGAGGCAUCUAACGAAGACUGGAAAGAUGGAAAUGGAGAAUGGAACCACUUCGACACUGAGGAAAGGCGAAUCACACGUGUGA